AUGAUAAAAAAUGUUCAGAACACAUUCCGAUCACUCAUGCGGAAUAACGGCUACCGUAGACUCGACAUCUUCAAUUCUUCGUUGUGGUUGACGGCGAGGCCGCUGUGGUCGACCAUGAAGGCGGCGGAUAACAAGCGCACGUCCUCGUGCUCAACGGAACCUACUCACCCCGUAGACAAGACGACAAUAUUAUGGUCAUAA